CGUCACCGCGCACAGUCCUCGCCUCUUCUCGUGGGGUUGGAUUUUCUGAAGCUCAAAACUCUCGCCCCAUUACUAAUCUUCCAAUUAUCUGGACUUCGACACACUUCGAACGAUGGCGACGCAGUGUGUGACGAAGGUGGAGCUGACGGUUUCCUGUGAGAAUCUCCUGGACAAAGACAUCGGCUCCAAGUCCGACCCUCUGUGUGUUCUGUUAAUGAACAGCUCAGAGAAUCGGUGGUACGAGCUGGCCCGCACAGAGAAAGUCCAGAACUGCCUGAGCCCAAAAUUCGCCAAGAAGUUUGUAGUGGAUUAUUAUUUUGAAAUCGUGCAGAAGUUAAGAUUUGGGAUUUACGACAUUGACAACAAAACGAUCGACCUGAGCGACGAUGACUUUUUGGGAGAGCUGGAGUGCACUUUAGGACAGGUUGUGUCGAGUCGUAAAUACACACGGCCUCUCGUUUUAAAGAAUAAGACUCCAGCGGGAAAAGGAACCAUCACAAUUAGCGCCGAAGAAAUCAAAGACAACAGAGUGGUCAAUUUUGAAGUACAAGCGAGAAAACUAGAUAACAAGGAUUUAUUUGGGAAGUCUGAUCCGUACCUGGAGUUUUUCAAGCAAACAGAAACUGGAUGGCAGCUGGCCCACAGAACAGAGGUUGUAAAGAAUAACUUGAAUCCAUCAUGGAGACCUUUUCGUAUUCCUCUUCAGUCUCUGUGUGGAGGAGACAUGGACAAACCCAUAAAGGUGGAGUGCUACGACUACGAUAAUGACGGGUCACAUGAUCUGAUCGGGGUGUUUGAGACCACGAUGACUCGGCUACAGGAAGCAUCGCGAGUUUCUCCUGCUGAGUUUGACUGCAUCAACAGCAAAAAGAAGCAGAAGAAGAAGGGAUACAAGAACUCAGGAGUCAUCAGUGUGAAACUGUGUCAGGUGGUGAAGGAGUACACGUUCCUGGAUUACAUUAUGGGAGGCUGCCAAAUCAAUUUUACUGUGGCUGUAGACUUCACUGGUUCAAACGGAGACCCCAGAUCCCCCAAUUCUCUCCACUACAUCAGCCCACAGGGAGUCAAUGAGUACCUCAGCGCGAUCUGGUCUGUUGGAAAUGUCAUUCAAGACUAUGACAGUGAUAAAAUGUUCCCUGCGUUUGGUUUUGGCGCUCAGAUCCCGCCCUCGUGGCAGGUUUCACACGAGUUUCCUCUCAAUUUCAACCCUGCAAACCCAUUUUGUGCAGGUGUUGAAGGGAUAGUGGAGGCCUAUCGGAUAUGCCUCCCUCAGGUCAAACUCUAUGGACCCACGAACUUCUCUCCCAUCAUUAACCACGUAGCCUGCUUCGCCAACCAGGCUCUACAGCAAACCACUGCAUCUCAAUACUUUGUUCUCCUGAUCAUCACUGACGGCGUGAUCACAGACAUGGACCAGACGCGCACCGCCAUCGUGAACGCCUCUCGUCUGCCCAUGUCCAUCAUCAUCGUGGGAGUGGGCGGAGCCGACUUCACCGCCAUGGAGUUCCUCGACGGAGACGACGGGCGCCUGAAGUCUAUGAGCGGAGAGCCGGCCAUGAGGGACAUCGUGCAGUUUGUGCCAUUCAGACAGUUCAAAGACGCUCCCAGAGAGGCACUAGCCAAAAGUGUGCUGGCUGAAGUCCCCUCUCAGCUCGUGGAGUUUUUCAACGUCAUGAAGCUCACUCCUCCGAACUCCAACACUGCUCCAAACCCGACCGGACCCACCCCGGCCGGACCAACCCCGACCGGACCUGUCUGAAAAUCCAAUCCAACAAAUGGCCACGUUUACAUGAUGUUUUUUAAUUCCGAAUUAAUGGUUCUGAAUUAAAUAGUUCUGCUUUGAGUUUACAUGGAAAUAUUAAUUCCGAAUUGAGGUUUACAUGGAAAACACGUUAAAUCGUCUUGAAUUAAUUCUGCUCAACAUCUGGGGGUGGGGAAGGGUUCUGAUUGGACAGAGGGCGCACAAAUGUAUUUACACUGACCAGAAGAAAACACAAACUUCAGCUGCUACAGUCUUUUUUGUCAUCUCAGUUUGUCGUUACUCCACGGACACAAACAUGAUCCAAAUGUUUUCCACAGUUGUUCCGAUGAUAAUUAAGCAGCAGUUUUAGAAUUCUUUCAUCCCGCUUUACGUCUGUCAACUGAGGAGGAGACGGGGAGAGUUUCAGAGAAGGGAGGAGGAAGACAAACCUCUACCUCAGCCCACUUCCGUAUCCCUCUCGCAAAUCCAUAGAGCAGUGGAUGAAAGUCCGAAGUGAGGACUGGUGGAGCUGCAUCGUCCAGAUUGCAUCAGAAGGGCAACUCAACGAGCAUGCGCUAAACGACCCGAAUUAUUGUUUAAAAAGAAUAAACCUUUACUUUUAAUUCGGCUUUAAAAUCAGAAUAAACCACCCACUUACUUCGGAAUUAAGUUUAAUUUCGAAUAAUUCAAUAGGGAUUACGUGUUUACAUGGUCUUUUUAAAGUGGAAUUCAUCUUUAUUCAGAAUGAAAUUAUUUUGAUUCGGAAUUAAAGCUCUCAUGUAAACGUGGCAGAUGACAGAAAAACUGGAAAAAACAAGGGGAAAAAGUGCCACAAAACUCAUACACACCACUUCAUGUUACUCUUAUAUCCUUCAUGUUAACAGUAGUUCUUGUAUUAGAUGCAUAUUGUAGCUGUAGCGAUGUCGUUGUAUCAUUGUGGUGCACUGAAACAGAAUAAACGGGAAAGGACCAUUACAGAUAAAAUAUGCUAGAGCUGAACCUCCGCUAGUGACAUGUAGUUUUAACAAUAUUUUAAAAUUGGGUUGUAUGUGGUACUUGCUAUUUACAGUUUUAAAUGUAUUAUAAUUAUGUGUUGUAGAAUGCUAGUGUUUAGAAAUGUUGAAAUGAGCACAAUAUUUCAGAGUAAAUUCUAGAUAUUUUGCUGGAGAAAAUAAAUAUAUCAAUAUGUAAUCAAAAGUAAAUAUAAAAAAACUAUGUGUAAAUGUAACUACUUAAUGAGAAUUUUACAAAAAGGCAUAAAAAGUAGUAAAUUACAACGGUGCAAGGAGAGUAAAACUAAAAGGCCACAAAACUAAUGACUAAAACUGAGUUCAUACUUGCAAAACAUAAAUUGGGAUAAAACAAAGAACUAAACCAGAACUAGAUCAGGACUAAACCAAGACUAGAACAGUGGCAAAAGGGUGCGUUUACACUUGCACAAUCAUCACAUGAAAAUUGGGACUAAACGUGGACUAAACCAGGACUAGAACAGGAUUAAACCAGGACUAGAACAGGACUAGACCAGAAGCAAACUAAGGGUACAUUUAUCUUUGCACCACAUCAAAAUUGGGACUAAACUGGGACUAGACCAGGACUAGACCAAGGCUAGACCAAGGCUAGACCAGGACAAGACCAGGACUAGACCAGAAGCAAAACUAAGGGUACAUUUAUCUUUGCACCACAUAAAAACUGGGACUAAACAGAGACUAAAUUGGGAGUAGAACAGGAUGAAAUAGGACUAAACUAGGACUAGACCAGGAGCAAACUAAGGGUAUGUUUACCUUUGCACCACAUAAAAAAUAGGACUAAACUUGGACAAGACCAGGACAAGACCAGGGCUAGACCAAGGCUAGAUCAAGGCUAGAAAAUGAGCAAGCUAAGGGUACAUUUUCUUGGACUUUGGACUAAACUGGGACCAAAUCAGGACUAGACCAGGACUAGACCAGGAAUAGACCAGGAAUAGACCAGGUCUAGAUUUGGACUAGACCAGGACUAGACCAGGACUAGAAAAGGAGCAAACUAAGGGUGCAUUUACUUUUACACCACAUAAAAAUUUUGAAUAAACUGGGACCAAAUCAGGACUAGACCAGGACUAGACCAGGACUAGACCAGGACUAGACCAGGACUAGACCAGGACUAGACCAGGACUAGAAGAGGAGCAUACAAAGGGUGCAUUUACUUUUUACACCACAUAAAAACUGGGACUAAACCUGAACUAGACAAGAACUAAACCAGGACCAGAGCGGGACCAAACCAAAUCUACAUACGGACUCAAAACUGGGCCCAAACCAGAACCAAAUCAAGUGUGAUCAGCUGUUUUAACCCAAGACUAAACAAGACCAAUGUGUCUGUGUGUAAUCUAUUAUAUAAUUAAAAAUCCCUCUUUAAUUGACCCUAUUCACAGUAAUAUUUAUAUUUUUAGUGCCUUUUCACUUCUAAAUCCCUACUAUAAACUAAUUAUUACCUCUGUUGGACUCAAAGAAAGUACCACAUACAGCCCAAUUUUCAAAACGCCAGUAAACAAAUUUAAAAAAUCCAUAAUAAAUAGUUUGAAAUAUAUGGAUCUUGUAUUACAAAUAUUCCUAUGCAAACCUAUGACCAAAUGCUGCACAAGGAACUUUUUAAUGCCACUAACGCUGCUUCUAGUGCCAGAGUUAAAGAUGCACUGUGUAACUUUUCUGGUGGAGGGUCCAUCAAAUGCUUUUUCUCCAUGGAGAUGUUGCUGCUCGCUUUGUCUGGAAUGUUUCACAGUAUGGCAUUAAACGUUUCUAUUGAGUUACAGGUCAGAUUUGAGGUCUUUUGUCGAUAUUUUCCAGCUAUAAAACCACCUGUAAUUGAAUAAAUGCAAGUCAGAGCUGUUUAAUGUCACACUGUGGAACAUUCAGCGCAGAGUGAACGGCAUCUCCAUGGAAACGAGCAGGUGAAGUUACGAAAAAGUUACACAGUGCACCCUUAAAACACAAUUUUCUAAUGCUGCAAAUGCUUAAUUUCUAGAGCAUUUAUUUAAAAGUAGGUGUUUUAUUGCACAUGCUAGACAUUGCACUGUCUAACAAAACCAAAGUUUACUCCAGUGGCAUUAACAUUCGUAGAAUAUUAAAGAUUUGUCCAACUUUUUAAAGCCAAGAAAGCAUAAUUAUUAGUUAGUUUUGUGGUAAAAUGUGUCCGUGUAUCCUUAUUGUGCCAUGUGCGUUUAAUUCAUUAUCUGAUGUCAGAAAUGUGUCGCGUUCAGUUCAGUGGCUGUGAAUCGAGAUCGGACGUUUUAAUUUUUUAAUAUUUUACAAAAUUUAACGUUUUGGUUCGAAAAAAACGGCAAUUAUCCUAAAAUAAUUGAGAAAGAAGAGAGGCACACGGAGAAGAAAUUACCAUAUUUUAGUUGUGUUUGUGCGUUUAAAGGUGGACUAGGUAACUUUUCUGGUGUAUAGUCAGUCUUCUUGUCGCCAUGGAAACUGUUUUGCCCGAAAUGUUACACAAUACAGCAUUAAAAUUUAUCAAUACAGACAAAUUCUCGUAAGUAACUCCACCAGACCAAGUGUAAUUCUGAUCUGAUUUGUGUUUUUCAAGGCAUUUUUUUCAUAAUAAAAACACCGUUGUAGAUUUGUUUUAAUGCCAUACUGUGAAACAUUUCAGGCGCAGCACUAUUAUCCCCAUGGAGACAAGAAAAUGGCAGACCAGAAAAGUUACACAGUGCGCCUUUAAAUACUAAUAACACUCAUAAUAUAAGAUGAGAGACGAGGGAAUAAAGGGAAAAAAAGUAAAAUUUUGGAUCUUUGCUCAAACGCAAAAUGAAAUGUAUUGAUAAAAAUGUAGAUCUAAACAGAAAAUGAUCGCACUUAUCAUGUUUUAUUUUUUAGUUAUUAGAAAUUUACUGUGCCACUCAUCGGUUUUUAAUACUAAAUAAGACUUAUCCUUAUUUUGGGCGUUUUUGUUGCUCGUUUUAACAGCCAAAAACUCACUUCUUAUCGUCUCAGUAUUAAAUGUGUAACUUUCCUCUGUGCUAAAUGUCAUUGUUUUGUAUAAUUCACUCUAUAUAAAUGUAAAAUUUGUGUAUGAAGAUGCGUAAUAAUGAUCAGACUUCUCGCUGAACGAUAAAACGAUAAUAAAAUCAUAAUACAGUA